AAACCAGUUUCCCGUUCUUCAUGUUCUUUGAUUAUUCAACUUCAAAUGUCUGCACAAACAACUAGAAUUCGUAACUGAGAGUGAAGACGUAACUGAAUCACAUGUCUUCAACAACCUUCAGUCCCUCUCGGAGCUCCGGACCCGGAAGUUCCAGGAUUCAGUUAACUGCCAUAUCCAGGUUCAGAUCUUCCUUCCUCAAGAAGCUUCCAGAACCUCUCCGUCGCGCCGUCGCCGAUUGUCUCUCCUCUCCCCUCACUUCCGCCAUCGAACCUUCCAGAACACUCCGGGACUAUCUGGCAGCCCCUGCAACCACGGACUUGGCUUACAGUGCAAUUCUUGAUCAUGCUAUAGCAGAGAGGGAGCGAAGUCCUGCAGUAGUCUCAAGGUGUGUGGCACUCUUGAAACGGUAUCUUCUAAGAUACAAACCAAGCGAGGAGAUUUUACUUCAGAUAGACCGUUUUUGUUCAACCAUUACUGCUGAAUGUGAUAUUAAUCUGAAUCAACCAUGGUCAAGAUCUUUGAAUCAACAAACUGGUGCAUCCAUGACGUCCACAAAUACAACUCCUUUGGCUGUAUCAAGCUUUGCUUCAGAGGCAAUUGUGAAGUCAUUGAGUUAUGUGCGUUCCCUUGUGGCACAACACAUUCCGAAGCGGCUUUUUCAACCAGCUUCAUUUGCUGGACCACCUUCUGCAUCAGGACAAUUGCUGCCAACAUUGUCAUCAUUAUUGAGUAAAUCCUUCAAUUCCCAACUAUGUCCAGCAAGUGUCCCAGAAACAGUGGAGAAGGAUUCAGUCACUUCAUCGGUUUCAAAGUUUUCAAAACUUGAAAAUUUUGAUGAAAAAGACAAAAGGUUCAUUGCCCAUGAUGUUCUACAAUGGCGCUGGCUUGAGGAACAACAGCCAUCAUCGAUGGAAGCUGACAAUGAAUAUGCUGUGAGUUCGCAAGACUUGAGAGCACAUAAUUUCUUAGAAGCGGGUGCUGCAACUCUACUUGCUGGAGACAUUGAAGCUAAGAUGAAAGGGCGACCAUGGAAAUAUUUUGGGACUGAUGAUAUGCCUUAUCUGGAUCAACUAUUGCAAUCUUUUCCAGUAACAUCAAUUUCUAAUUCUGCAUCAGCUCGUCCCCACCUGAGAGCAAUUACAGCAUUGAAACGCACAAAAAUUGGUCCUCGUCAAGUUUGGCAAGAUUCUCCUGCAAGUACAUUCCGUCCUCGAGCUCGACAGCUCUUUCAGUAUCGAUAUUACAGUGAGCAACAACCUUUGCGAUUGAACCCUGCCGAGGUAUGUGAAGUUAUUGCUGCAGUUUGCUCAGAGUCUUCACCAAACAUCAAUGUCAUGAUGAGGUCAAAUAGGCUAUGCAGUAACAGUGGAAAACCAUCGAUGGAUGUGGCUAUGAGCGUCCUUAUUAAACUUGUCAUUGACACGUAUAUUUUGGAUUCCCAGAUUGCUACUCCACUGACUCUUACUCUGCUUGAGGAGAUGCUUAGCUCUUCUAAAACAGCUUGCAGGGUUCAAGCAUUUGAUUUAAUUCUAAAUCUUGGAGUUCAUGCUCAUCUCCUAGAGCCAAUUGUAACUGAUGAUGCUUCCACAAUUGAAGAAGAAUAUUCUCAAGAAUCCUGUUAUGAUAGUGACACUCAACUUGUGACCCAAGGGAGUAGAAAAGGAAAUUCUCAGAACAAAUUGGACACUUUCUCUGCAAUUGAUAAUUUAGAAUCUUGGAUUUUAAAUAUUUUGUAUGAGAUACUGCUUCUUCUUGUGCAGACUGAAGAAAUGGAGGAAUCUGUCUGGGCAUCUGCACUCAGUUGUUUACUUUAUUUUGUCUGUGAUAGAGGAAAGAUUCGCAGAAGCCGAUUGCAAGUUCUUGACAUUAGAGUUAUCAAAGCACUUAUAGAAACCAGCAGGAAGAAUUCUUGGGCAGAAUUAGUUCAUUGUAAACUUAUUUCCAUGUUAGCUAACAUGUUAUACGAAGUUCCUGAUGAAGUUGUGGAGCUUUUACCUAGCACACCAAAGUUUCUAAUGAAUCAACUUGAUCUGAUUGGAGGAGUUCACUUUAUUUUCCGUGAGUAUGCCCUUGUUAACUCAAGAGAAGAGAGGAAAAAUCUGUAUUCAGUGCUUUUUGACUAUGUUCUGCAUCAAAUUAAUGAAACUUGUGUAGCUUCUGGAGUCAAUGAAUAUAGUGACGAUGAGAUCCAACCAGUUGCAAAUCUGCUUGCUCAAACAAAUGCAGCGGAGGCAUUUUAUAUUUCUGUUAAACUUGGGGUAGAAGGAAUUGGGGAGCUUUUGAGGAGAUCAAUUGCAUCUGCACUGUUAAGAUAUCCCAACAGUGAACGUCUAAAUAUGCUCUUGGAAAUUGUAACAGAGAAAUUUGAUGCAAUAAUAAGUUCAUUCACUCAUUUGGACAGAGAGUUCUCUCAGAUGAUUCAGAUAACCAAAACUCACAAGUCUCUUGAAAAUGUGGAAGUUAUAGCUCUAAGAAGUGACAUUGAUCUGCAAGCAAAGCACUCGUGGGCCACUUUACAUUCCCUUCUUCAUUCUGAAAGAGUUGCUUACCGUCAGAAUGGGUAUAUCUGGUUGGGUGAUCUACUUAUUGCUGAAAUCAGUGGGGAAAGAAGUGGAACUAUAUGGUCAAAUAUAAAAUACUUCCAACAGAAAUUUGCUCAAGUAGGAAAACAGGAUUCUUCUGAUAUGUCAGAUACUCCUUUGCCCAUUUCACUUAUGUGUGGGCUUUUAAAAUCAAAAUAUAACUAUAUUAGAUGGGGAUUUUUAUUUGUUCUUGAAAGGCUGCUUAUGAGAUGCAAAUUUUUGUUGGAUGAAUAUGAAAUGCAACAAUCUAGAAGCAGUGAUCUUGGGAGUGGGCAGAAAGAUUGGCAUCUUGAGAAAGCCCAUGCAUUGAUUGACAUAAUGAGCUGUGCUUUGUUGUUUCAGAUAAAUGAAAAAGAUUGCACCAAUAAGUAUGAAACAGAUCGCAUCAAUAUUCUGAAAAUGUGUGACAUAUUAUUUUCCCAAUUAUGCCUAAGAGUUCCCCCUGCUAUGGCCUUGCCCUAUGGAGAUGAUAUGCAACAUGACAGGAGUUUAAAUCGCUUCAGUUCAAACAAAAAGUUUAAUGGUGAUAACUGUGUCCUUAAUCAAGAUACUUAUCACUUGGAUGAGCAUAAUGAGGAAGAAGCUGAUAGAAGAGCAAACUACCCUGACAACUAUCAUCUUGUUCACGAGACUGCAGCAAUGGCAGCACUUCUUCUCCAAGGACAAGCCAUUGCCCCAAUGCAAUUAAUUGCACUUGUUCCUCCUGAUUUGCUAUUUUGGCCACUGAUGCAAUUAGCUGGAGCAGCAACAGAUGAUAUUGCAUUGGGUGUUGCUGUUGGAAGUAAGGGAAGAGGAAACCUGCCUGGUGCCACAUCUGAUAUCCGGGCCACCCUUCUCCUACUUCUUAUUGGUAAAUGCACAGCAGAUCCUGUUGCUUUCAAGGCAGUUGGUCGAGAACAAUUUUUUAGGGAACUUUUGAAUGACAGAGAUUCAAGGGUGGCAUAUUAUUCUUCUGCUUUUCUUCUGAAGCGAAUGAUGACUGAGAAUCCUGAGAAAUAUCAACACAUGCUUCAAAAUCUUCUUGUUAAAGCCCAACAGAGCAACAAUGAAAAACUGUUGGAGAAUCCUUACCUUCAAAUGUGUGGCAUACUUCAACUGGCAAAUGAUGUUGGAUUUAAGUUGUGAUGUUUGAGUCAAGGCUUUCUGGGGUGUGACAUUGGUUUGGACUUCUGAGUAAAUUUGUUUUGGCCUAAGGAAUCAUCGCAGCUGAUUCUGAUGAACGUUCACCAUCUAUACUUCAGAUGACUGAGAUUGCCACACUUAGCUGGGACAUACUCUUUGAGAGCUUCCUCACAGAAAUGAAAUUGUGAUUUAUUUUCAACAUGGUGGAAGAGAAUAUAGGGGUGGCCAGAGGGUGCCAGUGGGAUUCAGUCAGCUCUUCAGUGAUUCUACUCUUUGUGGGCUAUGUUGAUCUGUGCAAACAUGUCAUGAUCUUCAGCAUGUCUUUCAACCAUUGAAAGACAAUUUACUUGGGAAAAAUUAUUGAAAUCUGUUCUUCUCCUAAAGGUGUUUGGCUACAAGUGUAAGCAAGUGUUCUGUCCGGGAAUGAUUUGAAUAUGCUUGAUUUUGAUUCAGCUGCUGAAAUGUUGCUGAUCUAGGCCUAAGCAUGUCCUCAGUUGCCGGUCGAUCAUUACAUGCGAGAAACUGCUGAAUUUGUACUGAAUCAGAUACCCAUGGAGCCUUCUUCAGUUUUGUCAUUCAAGAAGGGCCAUCUAUAUGGUUGCUUUCUUCUUUGGCGUACGGAAUCUGUGAUGAAAAAAAGAAAAACUUCUGCACAUUGUCAAUAUAACCACUGUUCCACAAAAUUCUUUGAUGGGGGGCAUCAUGCGGUGCAUACUUUUAGAGGCAUCCAAGGUGUCCUCCAUCCGUUCUGUAAUUAUGUGCUCUUUAAUUAUUACUAUGUCUUGCUUCAUGAUUAAUUGCGAAAACUGCUGUAACACGUAUUGAAAAAUUAUUACGUAGAUAUAUAUAUACAGGUUUUUAGUGGAAUUAUGGAGG